GAGUGUUGCGGCAUCAGGAUGGCGGUGGCCGUCGAACUAGCGGCCUUGGGGCGUUGCUGGCUGUGGUUGCUAGUGGGGCUGCAGGUGAUAAGUGUAUAUGGAGCACAGUUGUCAUCAGAAGCUUGCAGAGAGCUGGGCUUCUCCAGUAACUUGCUAUGCAGUUCUUGCAACCUUCUUGGACAGUUCAGUCUGAAUCAGUUGGACCCAUUCUGCAGGCAGUGCUGCCAAGAAGAAGCUCAGUUGGAAACUAGAAAGCUUUAUGCAGGAGCUGUCCUAGAGGUAUGUGGAUGAAAACUGGGAAGGUUCCCUCAAGUCCAGGCUUUUGUCAGGAGUGAUAAGCCAAAGCUCUUCAGGGGACUGCAAAUCAAGUAUGUGCGUGGUUCUGACCCUGUACUAAAGCUGCUGGAUGACAGCGGGAACAUCGCAGAAGAAUUGAGCAUCCUCAAGUGGAAUACAGAUAGUGUGGAAGAAUUCCUAAGUGAAAAAUUAGAACGCCUAUAAAUCACUGCUUUCAGUCCCCUUUCCUUUUCAUGUUUUGUCAUGGUAAUCUUCUUAGACAUGGGCUGCAAUCAAAAAUACAUUUCAGCUUCUGUAUUAAUUUUAAAAUACCUGCUAUGCUGUAGUAAACAUCUUGUCAGUGGAAGGGAAAGCUUCAUGCAUAUUGGCCACGUUAACAACCACAAUAGCUUGUCUUAACAUAUUUCAGCUCUUCAUGCAUUUAUCACUAACAAAAUGUGUUGUUUCAAAGUUAGGUAUGCAAAUAUCAGUUUGCUAUAAUGGGACUUGUUCAUACAAACACUCUAAAAACUGAAGAGCUGCAAAUAAUUGAAGUGAUUACCAUCCUUUUUGUCUGCUCACUGUUUGUAAAAAAGUCAGAACCAAAUGUGUCCAAAUGAAACUGCUAAUGCCUUCUUUUUUGUAUUGGAACUGUCCUCUUUACAGAAGCAUUGUUUACAAGCUGAUGGAGGAGCUCACGCUCUGGAGCUGUGAAACAUUUAGCAAGUGCACUUUAGUGAAGACUACAUAGAAAACCUCCAAGGUGUAUGGAAGUCAGAUGUCAGGUGUGCUUUAUGUUAAGUGUUUUGCUCCAGAAAACAUGAGCUAUAAUUCUUGAAAAAACUUUCUUUCCAAUUUUGAGAAGUUUAUUGGAAGUCUGUUUAUCAAAUGAAUUUAUAAACUGUUCUUCUAAAAUGUGUAUCUUUCUCAGUUGAAAUUUAUGUAAACACAGAGUAUACACAGGGUGUAUGCUAAUGAGUCAAAUCCAUCAUGACUUGUGAGAUUUUUUUCCACUUAGAGUGAAUAAAUACA